UCUUGAAGCCCCAUGUCCCCGUGCUGCUCUUUUUUUCCCCAGUCUCUCUUUUCGUCAACCUCAAUCGUCCACAUCACCACGUCGCUCGCUCGGCAGCCCAUCCUUUCCUCCUUCCCUCCUUCUCCCCCACUUCUUGCUUUGCUUCUCACCACAGUCACUCUCUUUAGAAUAAACUAAUUCAAUUGUAUUGCGACCCGUUCACUCCUUCCGGGUCCCAUUUUUGCCUUCGCAGCUCCAACACCAUAGCCCUAGCCCUCGCCCUCGCCGACGACGAUCUCGAUCAUCGCCGCCGACCGACUAGUACUACUACCUACGACCUAACGCGAUCGCAUAUUAUCAUUACCACCUCCUGCUCCAGCUUCUUGGUUCAGGACCGACGCUCCUUUGCAACUGCUUUUUUCCCAUCAUAGUUUUCCAGCAUUUAUUUGUCGAGUUGCGACAACAAUCUACACCUACCUCCCUACCAGACAACCGAGCUACGAUUUGAAAAAUAUCACACCAUCUCGACACAUCCGCCUAGGCCGAGUGAUAUCUGCGCAACAAUCUAGGUGGAAUUGAAUUUGGACGACAUCACUGCGAUCGUUGCCUAAUCGCGACAUUUAUCUACCCUUAUUAAUUGGUGAUACCCCUUGGACGAUAAAACAACACAAAAAGAAGAACUCAGCAAGAUCACCGGGCCCGAAAUGGCUACCGACGUGGUCAAGCAAGAGGAGGGCCUGACCCUCCACACUCCUCAGCUCUCGACUUCGCCAUGCUCCACCAAAUCCUCAUUGCCAGCAUCUAAUGCCACCACUCCCACCAAGGACAUGAAGAUGGAGACGAAGCCCGGGCAAAGCGCUUCGCGGCGCCCGCCCCGCAAGAGCACUCUCACCCAGCAGCAGAAGAACCAAAAACGACAGCGCGCCACUCAAGAUCAAUUGACCACGCUCGAGAUUGAGUUCAACAAGAAUCCCACACCCACAGCUACCGUUCGUGAGAGGAUAGCGGAGGAAAUCAACAUGACCGAGAGGUCUGUUCAGAUCUGGUUCCAGAACCGACGUGCCAAAAUCAAGAUGCUCGCAAAGAAGAGCCUCGAAAGCGGCGAGGAGUUGGAUACCAUGAUUCCUGAAUCUAUGCGCCAAUAUCUUGCCAUGCAAGCCAUGGAAUCCGGAAAGAGCAUCCCUGGCUUCUUCGGUCGCCCGGGCCCGUUCCCCUAUGGACACCAGGGCAUGAUGGGCGCCGAGCAGGGUGGCCAGGGCAAAGUUUUGAUUCAUCAUCUCAACUGCCGCUCGCUCACCAUCGGAAGAUGGACCCGUGUUGGGCAGAAUGCGAUGGAUCUCAUCGUUUUCUACUCCCCUGACAAGUGCACCAUGACCUACUACAUCAACAACGAGCAGGCUGGCUACAAGAUCGAGUACCCAUUUUCCUACAUCAAGAACAUCUACCUCAACAACUCGGAUGAUCACCACGCUGGAAUCACGAUUGAGCUGCUCGAGGCUCCCUUCUUCUACAUGGACUCGGCGACCACCUCGACUUUCAUCCAGGUGAAUGACUUCACUGAAGACCUGCAAGCUUCUCGCUGCAUGACCCACCACCUCGGUGGUAACCCCAAGGCUUUGAGCGGUCAAUUGGCUAAAUUGGUCAGCCUGGAGUCGUUCAUGCACCGUCAUACCGCGCCGCCUCCUCCUCCUCCCCCGAUGUUUGACCAGCUCCACACGCUCUCCAUGUCUGCCCCCGUGUCGCCCCAGGCCAGACCCUCUUCUCAGCCAAACUUUGCUCAGCCGCAUGUGGGCAUGUUCCAGGAAACCCAGUGGGGAAUUGCUGCUCAACAUCACACCAUGAUGAUGCGUGGGCCAGGCCACAAGAGACAGCGUAGUCGCAGUGUGCCAGGUCCCAUCGACUUCCAGACCAUGCAGCUUUUGCAAAACCCCCCGAGCUUCCACAUCACUCAGCCAGAGGGCCAGCCACACACGCAGAAUCCACACAUCUUCAGCCCAAUUCCCCAGCAGCCCAACAUGCUUGGUCCCAUCGGGCCAAAUCUGCGGAUCGACACCCGUGCUGGUUUCGGCAGUCUGGACAUGCGCCAGUAUCCUCUCUCCGCGACAACAGCCCCCUCGCCAUCAGAGUUCUCGAGCCCCAACUACUUUGCCUCGCAAGCUCCAGAGCCCAACGGUCUUCCUGCUGGCAGCUUCACGCCAUAUAGCGGUACUUUCUCGCCCAUGGUGAAUCCUGCCAGCCUGGGUGUUCCUCCGCCUUCCAUCUCGCCGCUCUCAUUCAACCAUCCCGACCCGGCCAUUGUCGGCGAAUCUCCUCCCAUGUCGAUGCCGCCAAUGUGCGAUGGUUCGGCCAUUUCCGAUGACGGCAGUAUGAAUGACAUGUACCCAGGCAACAAGCACACCAUGACGUUGCCGCUUCACCCACAUUCGCCCUUCAUGGAGCAGAGCCAGAGCGAGAUAGAGCUGAACCAGUACAUGGAUCUCAAACAUUACGACGUGGAUCCGGCUUCUCUGUCGCCAGAAAGCGUCCAGGCCCAAUAG